AUGUGCCCGUUGGAAACUAACUUCUGGAGCCGCUUCGACCAAUUUCAGCUGAACAAAGUCGUGCCAGUGGUCGAGUCAUUACUAAUUAACCGCAUGCAUCUUGUGUAGUAGGCCGAUCGAUCGGCCAGUUGGUGAUCGCCGAGGGAACAAACUUGUUGUGCAGAGUGGAGGCGAAGUUACGCGCAACCCCACCCCGCGACGGCAGCAGAACGCACGCGGCAGGAGACCACGUCCCGGCACACGAUCCAUCGAAGAUGCAAACCACCCCCGCCGUUACGCGUGCCCUCCCUCCCUCGCCCAUGCACCUCGCCGCCCGCUUGCCUUCCGCUCCCUUCCCUUGAAAACCCCGCGCGCCUCCCCGACUCCUGCCCCUUCCUCUCCCUCUCCCUCUCUCUCUGACUCCCCGCUCCGCCCGUUGGCCUCCGCCGAGGAUGCAGGGCGACGCGGACGACGACGCGGGCGGCAGCUACUUCUUCUUCAGCGCGCCGGCGAGCCCCGUGCACUACAUCCUCCGCUCCCCGCCCUCCUCCACCGCCGCCUCGUCCCAGCCCCAGUUCGCCGCCCCCGCCGGCGGCGACUCCUGGGCGGCCGCGGGGGACGACUUCGAGUUCGCCGCGCGAGGCGCGACGGGGCCCGGCGGCGGCCCCGAGGGGACCGCGGCGGUCAUGAGCUCCGCCGAUGAGCUCUUCGUCGCCGGCCGCAUCCGCGUCGGCUGCGGCGGCCUCUCCCCGAUCCGCCAGGAGGAGGCGGCCGAGGGUCUGCAAGAGGAGGAGUGGGAGGAGUGCGACGAUGGCGGCGGGGAAGCGGAGCGGGAGCGCGACGGCGGACGCACGCCGCGGGCCGCUCGGCGGGCGAGGUCGGCAUCCCCGCCGCGGAUCCCGCGGGCCGCCGGGGGCGCGGCGGAGACGUCCGACCCCUCCGCGUCCUCGUCUUCCUCCUCCUCCUCGUCCUCGGCGAAGAACAUCCGGCGGCGGAUAUCGCUGCGGGACCUGCUCGCCCGCACGGGCGGCGACUGCGCGGGGGCGGACCAGGCGCCGGGCGCCGAGAUCGGCAGGAUGGGUUUCUGGCCGGCGUCCAUCUGGCCGUCACGGUCGUCCAGGAAGGCGCUGCUGCCCGGCCCGGCCCCGGCGCCAGCGCCGCCGCAGCCGGGCCGCCGGUCCACGUCGUCGGACAGGGCCGCGGCGCCGGGGCCGGCCAAGAGGGCGCCGGGUGGCGGCGGUGCGCGGCGCACCACGUCGCUGCCGUACCGCCAGGGGCUCGUCCUCGGGUGCCUGGGCUUCGGGGCCCGGAGCUACGGGCUCGCCAAGUCCAUGCAUCCCCUCUCCUCCCGGUGAAAGCGCAAGGAAGAAUUCGAAGAGGUGUGGUUAUUAGUCCAAAAGGAAAGAAAAAAAAUCAUGGCGUGUCGCAUUUCACGGCGUUUUCAAGAAAUCGCAAGGGUUCGAUGGAAAAUGAUUCGAUUUCAAGUAGUGCUUAUCCAUGAGACAGAAAUCAAGUAUGUAAAUUGAAAUUUUGUUAUUGUUGAUGAUAUGCUAUGGAGUAUGAUUAGGUUUUUAUUUUAAAGGGAACAAAUGCAAGAUUUUUUCGGGCUUUUGUCGUCCAUUGGUGAUUCCUAGAAAACUCCAUUUGUUCUUG